AGUGUCAUGUUUUAUAAAUAUUAUGAUUGUUUGUUUACGUUUUUUCAUAAUAAAUUAUUUUCUUUAGUUCUUACUGCAAAUUAAUGAAUACAUACAUGAUUAAAUAAUUACAGCACAAAUAAACUUUUGUGUUGUUAUAGCGUUAUCAUAACUUGCAACAUGGAGCCUGUACAAGUAAAUCGACGCAAAAGGGUGGCCAAUUUCACCGCCGACGAAAAAAUUUUAUUGGCACAACUAGUUAAAAAGAGACCAAUUGUGGAAUCAAAAAUAACAGAUGGCAAGUCGGUCGCCAAAAAACAAGUGGCAUGGGAGCAAAUAACACAAGAAUUUAAUUCAAAUGCCAAUGUUCACAAGCGUGAAACUAUAACUUUGAAAAGAGCAUGGGAUAACAUGAAAGCUGUCACACGAAAAGCUCGUGCGGCCGAAAGAGGAAAUUUAAUUAGGACUGGAGGUGGCCCACAACCGCCUCCCUUAUCACCACAACAUGGUGCCAUAAUAAGCAUAGUUGAAGAGGCUGCACCUGCGGUGAUUACUGAAAUAAAAAAUACAUUUGACAUUGAUGGCACCAUUUUAAAUUCUAUUGAUACUCAAGAAUUAAACAUAAUUUCAGAAUCAGUAAAUAACCCAGAUACUAUAGAUAUUGAGUUUAAAAUAAAUUCUCCAGAAGAUACAAACCAGCUUGAAGAUGAAGAACUUUUUAAAAAUAACAGUGAUAAGGAAAAUUCUAAUCAAUCAAUCAAAACAACUGACCAAGUGCGUAGACCUACUGACUAUAUUCGUCGGGAGGCUGUAUUACGCAUUAGACAUUUUGAAAAUAAGAAAAAAAUUGAAAUUCAGAUAUUAAAAACACAGCUGGAAAUAGAACAAAUUAGAAAAAAAACAGCAUUGUUGGAGCAAGAAAAAGCUAAAUAUAAUUUAGAAAAAGCAAAAUCAGAAGUUACUUCUAAUUCUAAUUGAUAGAUAAUAAGAAAAAGUAUAAUAAUAGUAAUUUUUCAGUUUAGUUUUGAAAUAAAAGUUUAUAGUUGAUUA